UCGCCAUGUUGAGAAGAUGCUGUUUUCUUCACUGUGAAAGCAAAACCUCUUUGUUUGGACUUCCAAAGGCAGACGAAUUGAAGUAUCAGUGGUUAACAUUUAUUUUUACCACUAUUCCUCAGCAGCACAACCACAACCAAUGCUGGAUUUUCAAGUCAGUUACCCCUGAAAGAUGGUUCAGUUCCCACUUUGUUUGGACAAUCUGGUGCUUCAGGAUCACAACCUGUAUGUAUGUUUGAUUAUUUGUGGAUUUAUCUGCUACCGAGGGUUCAAAUGCAGAGUUUUGUGUUGUAGCUACGGUGAACACCCAGUGCACAGUCGAUCAGCUUGUUCUUUCAAACUUUCAUUAUCGGACUCAGACUGGUAUGGCAAAAACUGAAGGCAAUGUUACCAUAGUUACAGUCGUGUUUACAGCUGCUCAGGAUGACUCGGGAGUUGAAACUCAGUUAUGGAGCAGACUGAUUGAUGGUGAUGGACAUCUGAAUCAAGGCAGUAGCAGUAAAUCUUGCCGUUACCAGUCCGCUUCUCAACCACCCUUGAAGCACGGUGUACAACGUUUACUGCUCAUGAUUUCAAGAACAAAACGAUAAAAAAACAAAACAAUAAAACACUUACCAAACACAUGGUUAGAAGUCAGUGCUAGAUGAAAGGCACUUUAAGAUGAGAAUACGGGGAUACUCUAAAACACAGAUCCUACAGACGUUUCAGGUGCACUGUCAGUCUCUCGCAACCAAUGACAAUGCAGGAUACCGACAGGAAUUUGAGGAGCUGGAAGAUGUUGGCAGAGAGUACACCUGCAGAGCUGGACAACUGGAUGCCAACAAGAAGAAAAACAGAUACCCCUUCAUCUUACCUUAUGACCACACUCGUGUUCAGCUCUCUCUGUUGGACUCCAAGCUCCACUCUGACUACAUCAAUGCCAGCUAUGUGCCUGGUGGGACAUCUGAACAUGAUUUUAUCUGCACUCAAGCGCCUCUGCAGUGCACCAUGGUGGAUUUCUGGCGGAUGAUCUGGGAGAAGAAUGUGCCUCUCAUCGUUAUGGUGACCACACUGAGAGAGGAUGGCAAGGUGAUGUGUGAUCAGUACUGGCCACCCGAGCGAGGAACAGGAUGUUAUGGAACAUUGCAGGUGACCACAGUUUCACGCCAGCGUCACCCGGAAUAUUACAUCACCACAAUCCGCUUACAGCAGCAGGGUUUCCGGGCUGUGCGUCAUGUGACUCACUAUCAUUACCCCCUCUGGCCUGAUCAGGGGGUACCGCAGACCGCAUCCUCUCUUUGCACUUUCACUGAACAUGUACGACAGCACCUCGACAAUAUCACCAGCCACGGACCAUCAGUAGUACACUGCAGUGCAGGAGUUGGCCGUUCUGGCACGUUUGUGGCGUUGCUAUGGUUACUGCAGCUGUGUGCAAGAGGAAUUCCUCCUAACGUCCGUUUGGCUGUGCAAGAUCUACGUAAACGCAGAGUCAUGAUGGUCCAAAACAUUGAGCAGUACAUAUUGGUGCAUCAGUGUCUUCUGCACUGGCUGGGGGGAGAAACAUCCAAACCAUGCAGCGAUUCCCGUGCUGCCCCUGUGUCGCUGCAUCAUGGGUCACGACAAUCAACGAGAUCGCGGCAAGGGCGUCAGAGGCGUUCGGAGCGGACACAGCCAACGACACAAGACAUUAGACACACACAUCAGGAGUAUACCACACACUCCAACACCACCCAGCCUUCACAGACGUCACUACAGUCCCUACAGACAGCACUGAAGAGCAUACACCCUGCACACCUGCUGCGAAGAAUAAUUCCAUCAACACACAACCGAUAGCACACACCUGAAAACAGACAUAUCUAGUGCAGUUGGAGUUUACUUGAAUAUGUUUUUCUAAAAGGCACACAAAUAUAUGGCCAGGGGCUGAACCUAUUCUGCAUCACAGUAAUAUCUAAAGUAUUGCAGCAUCUCUUUCAUCAAGACAAAAUUACGGUUAUCUACACACAAAGCCUUAACAGAAACUGUAAUGUUUAUUAUAUUUUCUGUGAUCUUAUUAGUUGCAUAUCCCCAAUCGAUCCAAGCCAUACAAAAGAUAUCAAAUGGAUUUUUGAGACUUAAAUAGACUUUCAAUAAUGGCUCAAUGAAGUUUGCAGUGCCAACUCCAAACACAAAACCCUACAACUGUGUCAGGUUACUUUUUGAAUUAUGAAUCUGACAUUGAUGGAGUUCAUUUAAAGUCACUGACACAUGUUGAGAGUGGUUUGCAUUAUUUACUGCUGAAUUUGGUGCAGAACCAUUUAAAAAAUAAAAAUAAAAAAACACUUGAA